GUCGUGUUGGGUCUGUGUAGUUUUGAUUGGCCUGAUUUAGAAUCAGUUAAAGGUGAAGCGUCACAUUAAAUUAAUUCGACGUUUUCUCCUGGGAUGCCUAACUUACAGAUGGGGUCAGGUGAUGUCCUGUAAGUGAACUUCUCAGCGGGGUGUGUUUGUAGAGGAUCAUGAUGGCUCAGCUGGAGAAUGGACGUGUGUCGUCUGAUGAUACUAUGAGUGUGAUGACUCUGGGCAGUCAGUUUGACGAGGAGAGCUCUUUCGGGUCGGACUCUGAAAUCAACGGAUUCACGAGCUCAAGACAAACUGACAAGUAUGGAUUCAUCGGAGGAGCCCAGAAGUAUUCAACCGAAUCGGCUCAAGAAGUGCCUUUGGAAGUGUUAAGGCACAGGGAAGUCAAAUGGCUGGAUAUGCUGAACCACUGGGACAGAUGGAUCAGUAAAAGGUUCAAGAAGGUGCGACUGCGAUGUCAGAAAGGAAUCCCACCGUCAUUGCGAGGCAGGGCCUGGCUGUACCUGUCAGGUGGAAAAGUGAAAAGAGAGCAAAACGUCGGGAAGUUCAAUGAGUUGGAUAGCAUGGAUGGAGACCCUAAGUGGAUUGAUGUGAUCGAGAGAGAUCUACACAGACAGUUUCCCUUCCAUGAGAUGUUUGUGUCCCGAGGAGGUCAUGGGCAGCAGGACCUGUUCCGGGUGUUGAAGGCUUACACCCUGUACAGACCGGAUGAGGGUUACUGUCAGGCUCAGGCUCCUAUAGCAGCGGUGCUUCUGAUGCACAUGCCUGCUGAGGAUGCAUUUUGGGGUCUGGUUCAGAUUUGUGAGAAGUACCUCCCUGGAUACUACAGUGCAGGCCUGGAGGCCAUACAGUUGGAUGGACUAAUCUUAAAUGCGCUAUUAAAGCGUGUGAGUCCUCCGGCGUAUCGGCACCUUGAGAAACACAAGAUAGAGCCCAUCCUCUACAUGACGGAGUGGUACAUGUGUGCAUUUUCCAGAACUCUACCCUGGUCGUCUGUGCUCAGAGUGUGGGACAUGUUCCUGUGUGACGGAGUGAAGAUAAUGUUCCGUGUUGGGCUUGUGUUGCUGAAAUGCAUGCUGGGAUCUCGUGAGAAACUGAAGGCUUGUCCUGGUCAGUAUGAGACUAUGGAGCUUCUUCGAGCCCUGGAGCCGCAAUACAUGCAGGAGGGCUUUCUCGUCCAUCAGGUGUUAGAGCUGCCUAUAUCCGCUCGGGAUGUUGAACGAGAGCACCGCAUGCAGCUCAAGCGCUGGCGGAAAACCCACGGCGAACUCAGCUACAAGUCCCCUCCCAGAAUGCACGGCGCUCAGGCCAUCAUGUCUGCCGAGCCACACUCCCGCCAAGACCUCCGUCAGAACCCCACAAUCGUCGUUCAGUAUCCCCUGCAAUCAGACACUAAAUCCGAUUUCGCUCGCAUCAGGAAAAGAAGCACUAUCCGAAAAGCCCUCAUUCCAUUGGACGUCCCCAAUCCGUAUGCCUUACCAACAGACCCCAGAUCAAACCCUCUUAAAGAUAAAGCACAAGACAAACCGUCCAACCGUCCUCCUCCAUCACUACAGCAAUCCCUCCUCACUACACCUGAGAAGACAGUACCUUGCUCUGAUCCACCAGCCUCUGUCCCAAAUCCAUCACUCUCUGUCAUCCCAACCCCAAAUCCAUCACUCUCUGUCAUCCCAACCAUCCCAACCCCAAAUCCAUCUCUCUCUGUCAUCCCAACCCCAAAUUCAUCUCUCUCUGUCAUCCCAACCAUCCCAACCCCAAAUCCAUCUCUCGCUGUCAUCCCAACCAUCCCAACCCCAAAUCCAUCUCUCUCUGUCAUCCCAACCCCAAAUUCAUCUCUCUCUGUCAUCCCAACCAUCCCAACCCCAAAUCCAUCUCUCGCUGUCAUCCCAACCAUGCCAACCCCAAAUUCAUCUCUCUCUGUCAUCCCAACCAUCCCAACCCCAAAUCCAUCUCUCGCUGUCAUCCCAACCAUCCCAACCCCAAAUCCCUCUCUCGCUGUCAUCCCAACCAUCCCAACCCCAAAUCCCUCUCUCUCUGUCAUCCCAACCAUCCCAACCCCAAAUCCAUCCCUCUCUGUCAUCCCAACCAUCCCAACCCCAAAUCCCUCUCUCUCUGUCAUCCCAACCAUCCCAACCCCAAAUCCAUCCCUCUCUGUCAUCCCAACCAUCCCAACCCCAAAUCCAUCUCUCUCUGUCAUCCCAAAUCCAUCUCUCUCUGUCAUUCCAACCCCAAAUCCAUCUCUCUCUGUCAUCCCAACCAUCCCAACCCCAAAUCCAUCUCCAAGUCUUUCUCGCACCCCGCCAUCUCCCCAAACCUCACCGGACCCCAAUCCCACACACCCCACCGAGCUCCCUCACUCCUCCAACCCGGAAAUCACAGCUGAACCCCUUCCUAUCCCUAAAAACUCAAGCAACACCAACAACUCAGCCCACCUUAAAGAUCCUCCACCCACUACAGACUCCACUCCGCUUCUUCCAGACGACGCACCUGUGAACGGAGACUCGGUCGCUGCUCCCACAGUUCCUGGUUUACGUCACUCAUUUGAGAGCGUGGGUUCAGAGGACACGUACCUGUAGCUCUCACCUCAACGUUCAGGGAGAAAUUGAAUGCAGUAUUGGGAACCAGCAGCCGCUUUAUGCAUCAGGGCAACAUGGGAGGAAAAAACUGUGAUUGUAUUUUGAUGUUUUGGAGGCGAUCAAUACAGUUCGAAAAAUCUUUGCCGUCAGUAUCUUGACUUCAGGACUAUAUCAAGCUUAACGACAAGAAGGAUCAAAUGACCUAAAGACAUUUCGGUGUCACCGUGCACAUGACCUCCUUAUUUUUCCCGUGCUGGUCCAUAAACGGACUCCACAGCCUUUGUAUUAAAAGUGCAAAAAGAUCUGGAUAUUAGUUCUUCCAUUAUUCCUCAAUCAUAAGCAGAACAGACUUUAUAAUCAAAUAUGUUUGGCUUGUUUUUGUGUUAUUCGCUGCUUAACAAUAUAAGGUCAUAUUGCAAGAUAUGAUAAAAAUGUGUGAUUCGGCCAUCUAACAGUUUUACAUUUAUAACCACUCUUUUGACCACUAUUAUAAGAGUUUGUAUUCUUUUUCAGCAUCACUUAACCAUUUUAACAUGUGCAACACAUAAUAUUAAGAGCAAUGGAGCAUUUCUUGUUUCAACAUCAUGUCUGUUACCACAGUGGCUGCAUACAAAUGUACUGAAAACAUAAAUAAAAAGCAAUUUAAGUUGUAAUAUCCUUAAACUUCACUUUUCAGAAACAAAAUGUGCAAAAAUUGUACCUUUAGGGGCACGAGAGCGCGUGUACUUUUAAAUGGGACACUUUUGUACCUUAUCUACCCC